UUUAGUUAAACAAAAGAGACUGCAGAUGCAAUCAAAUUUGUAUAACCAAAUUCCAAGUUAUGCCCGCUGGUAUAAAUUGAAUUCGUGUUGAUGUGUUAGAUAACUUACGAUUGAGAUGUAUGGACUAUGGAGUUUUAUUUGUGUGCAGCGGGAAAGUACACGGAGGUUAUCUGCACAAUUAUAAAAGUUGAAAGAAACAACACGUGUCUUCUAGGGUCAAAAAAGGAUGCAGGUGAUGCUGACGUAUCCCCAUCAGUCAUUGAUACUGUAGCGACAACCGAAAACAUAAAACUUGCCUCUUUAGGGAAGGUGGUACUGAUUACUGAAUCUUCCCAACUUCACUCCGUAGACCUUAGAACAUUUUAGUGAUGGCAGAAUCAAGUGAGGUAGAGAUAGUGGGUAAACCUGUCCAAGAUUUGGUUUUGAAUUCUGAAAAUCUGCCAAAAACUUAUAUCUACGAGGAAGGUGGUGCCGGAUUUCGAGAUGCUCUUGUGCCAUCACAGGAUGAGAAUAUUCCAGUGAUCGACCUUCAUCGCCUCUCAUCUCCAUCUACUGCACUACAAGAGCUUGCUAAACUCCAUCAUGCUCUCCAUUCAUGGGGCUGCUUUCAGGCAAUAAACCAUGGGCUGAAAAGCUCAUUUUUGGACAAGGUGAGAGAAGUUUCAAAGCAAUUCUUUCAUCUUCCAAAGGAAGAAAAGCAAAAAUGGGCAAGGGAACCAAACAAUAUUGAAGGAUAUGGCAAUGAUAUAAUAUAUUCAGAAAAUCAAAGGCUUGACUGGACUGACAGAGUUUACCUAAAGGUGCUUCCUGAAGAUGAGAGGAAGUUCAAAUUUUGGCCCCAAAACCCCUAUGAUUUCAGGAGUAUUGUCCUACAGUAUACCGAAAGCAUGCGACUGCUAAGUGAAGUAAUUAUUAAGGCCAUGGCAAAGUCACUGAACUUGGAAGAGGAUUGCUUCCUAAAUGAAUGUGGAGAAAGAGCUGAUAUGUUUCUGAGAUUCAACUACUACCCUCCAUGUCCAAUGCCUGAUCAUGUUCUCGGUUUGAAGCCACAUGCAGAUGGAUCCACCAUAACUUUUCUGUUGCAAGACAAAGAAGUAGAAGGCCUCCAAGUCCUCAAAGAUGAUCAGUGGUUUAAAGUUCCAAUCAUCCCUGAUGCUCUCGUCAUUAAUGUUGGUGAUCAAAUAGAGAUAAUGAGCAAUGGAAUUUUUCGGAGCCCAAUACACAGGGCAGUGAUAAAUUCAGAAAAGGAAAGGCUCACAGUGGCAAUGUUCUGCCUCACGGAUUCAGAGAAAGAGAUUAAACCGGUGGAGAAGCUAGUGAACGAGUCAAGGCCAACGUUAUACAGACCGGUGAAAAAUUAUUCUGAGAUCUAUUUCCAGUAUUACCAACAAGGAAAAAGACCUAUUGAAGCUUCAAAGAUUUAACGAUGAAGCUAAAUACUUCUCGGAUUAAUUAAACAAGACACAGUCUUUUUCUUAUCAGCAGUUAAAUAAUAGAGACUGGAAAAUGUAAUAAAAUCUGCGUAACGAAUUGAAUUCAUGUUGAUUUAUUAGAUAACUUAACAGCUGAGAUGUAUGUACUUUUAUUUUUAUGAUGUGAUCAGUUGAAAAGUACACGGAGGUUAUUAUCCGUGCAAUCAUAGAAGUUGAAAGAUAACUGCAUUUAACUGCAACUUUU